AUGACUUUCAAUCGUCCCCUACCCAUCUCUGGGGCGUGGAAGGACCAUGAUGCCUACAUCGAGGCCCUCCUCUGCUUCUCCACGACGUCGGUGCUUUUUAUGAAUUUAUGCGGUGGCGUGCAUAUGGUCGAUUUUCUCACCCGUGAACCCGACCUAUAUACAACAAUCCUGCCAAAAGAUUGGAUAUCAUUCUUCGAACAGCAUGAUGUGCAAGAUAUCAUCCGGCUUCUGCUACGAGAGGAUAUUGAGCACUUGCGAGGCGCCGGCGAGCCUUCCGUAGAUCAAGGCAGCCGUACUUGGAAUGGAGGAGCAUUUCCUCCACAGAGCCUGUUGGAAUAUAUUUCCAACGUGCGAGAACUGACACUUCAACGCGAAAUGUGCACAUCAUCCUCGGAAAGGAUUGAAUUACCAAAGCAAGUUGCUAUGCACAUGAACCGAAAGAAAGUACACGAGGUCCAAUGCCUUUCUCAAUACGUCGCAUCUCUAUCCGAGACUGUCAAUAAGCGUCGAGGUGAGCCGGUGACUCAUAUCGUGGAUUUUGGGUCUGGUCAGAACUAUCUGGGACGGACACUUGCCAGCUCACCGUACUACAAGCAUAUCAUCGCAAUUGAGCGCAAGCACCAGUACAUCAGCGGUGCUAAGAGCAUGGAUGUUCGAGCAAAGUUGGCAAAGAACCCCAAAGCUCAAUAUUCCCAGAAGGAAAAACGCAACGGAACUCCGGGAGUGCCCGUUUCCGAAACAACGGAUACCUACCAACCGACGAUGGUGGGCUCGCAGGUCUCAGAUGUCCCUAUUGCCGAGAUGCUGGGAGACAUCAGCCUUGAAUCUGAGGCGUUACUUGCAUCACCAUCCAAAACGAUAUCACAGGAAAAGCUACCUGAGCCAGAGAUCCAUAGCCGGGGUACUCUUAGCUAUGUGGAGCAUGAAAUCCAGGAUGGCCACUUAGAGCCCAUCAUCGAUCACAUCAUUCAUCCAUCCUCCGCGGACCCCUCCGACGAGGAAGGGAAAGAACAGCGCGAUCCUAGAUUGAUGGUCGUUUCCCUUCACUCUUGUGGAAACCUUGUUCACCAUGGUCUCCGAUCCCUGAUUUUAAAUCCUUCGAUUGUCGCUGUCGCUAUGAUCGGUUGUUGCUACAAUCUGUUGACCGAACGUCUCGGUCCAAACACACAUGAUCUCCCUAUUCUUCAAUCCCUCCAUCCUCGCCUCCAAGAGACUGGAACAUCAUACGAUCCACAUGGGUUCCCUAUGUCUAAAUACUACGAGAAUUACCGAAGUCCCGGAGCCACGACAGGAAUGAAGCUUAACAUCACAGCCCGUGCACUGGCUGUGCAAGCUCCAUACAAUUGGGGACCCAAAGACAGCGAAGUGUCCUUUACUCGUCACUUCUUCCGAGCCCUUCUCCAGCGUAUUCUCGUUGAUCGAAAUAUUCUUCAAAAACCCGCGACGCCAGAGGAUGCCGGCUCUGACGGAACUCACUUAGAAGCAAACGCCAACUCUGUCAUCCUCGGAGCAUUGCCCAAAGCUGCCUUCAAGUCUUUUACUGCAUAUGUUCGCGCUGCGACAAUUAAGAUGACUCGCGAUCCGACACAUGGUUCCCAGGUGCAAAAGCAUAUUGCUACGCUGACUGAUGAGGAAAUCCAGGGCUACGAGACUCAGUAUCUUCCUGCGAGGAAACAUAUGAGUGUUGUGUGGAGCUUAAUGGCAUUCAGUGCUCAGCUUGUCGAGUCUAUCAUUGUUGUGGAUCGGUGGCAAUUUCUGCGUGAACAGGACACUGUCAAAGAAUGCUGGGUUGAGCCUGUGUUUGAAUAUAGUGAGAGUCCGCGUAACUUGGUUGUCAUUGGAUUAAAAAAGUGA